AUGUCCAUCAUAUCGCUCGCAGAGGGUAGUUUACCUACGGUUUCCAAGGAAGAGUUACAUGCUGCCGCGAAAGGAAGAGGCUUCUCAAUUCCGGUUGGCAGUCAAGAUGAGACAGACUUCCUGCUGUUGCAGAACAGCUUCGAUGCUGUCGCUUCUGCUGUAGCUGCUCUGCCUGAAUACAUCGAUCCAAGAGUUGAGCCGACGCCAGUCGAAGGCGGGCCGCGGAAAUGGAGUAGACCGAGCCAAGGUGAUAAUCCUUUGAAUGCUUGGUCGCACAAGACACACCUCAAGGCUUCUGCUCCAACAAGCAAAGCACUGUCUGGGAAGACUCUUGCCAUGAAGGAUAACGUCAGCGUUGCUGGAGCUCCUCUACGUCUUGGUACUGCUCCAGAACUAUUCAAAGGCGGUAAAUAUGCUAUCAGCGAAAUCGAUGCAACAGUAGUCAAACGCAUUCUCGAAGCCUCUGGAACCAUUUCUGGAACAGCAGUAUGCGAAAACUUUAGUCUAUUCCCCACAUCUGUAUCAGCAGACAGUGGCCCAGUACAUAAUGCUUGGGCGACUGGAUACAUGACAGGAGGCAGUAGUUCAGGCUGUGCUUCAGUAAUCUCGGCCAAAGACGUCAGAGAGCGUAGCGAGAAGAUUGGAUUGACGUUCAAGACUAACGCACUAGAGGAAGAAGGUGUUGACAUGGCGAUUGGCGGUGAUCAAGGAGGCUCAAUUCGCGCGCCAGCAUCUUUUGGCGGCUUUUAUGGUCUGAAACCCACGACGGGAUUAGUUCCCUACACUGGAAUAGUCUCCAUCUUGCCGAUGAUCGAUUCGACAGGACCUAUGGCAAGAUCUAUUGAGGACAUUGCACUUCUACUUGGUGUCAUUGCAGGCUACGAUGGCAUCGACCCUCGUCAGACCCCGGAGACGCCUCUUCGUCAAGCUGUGCCAGAUUACACCGCGCUCCUCGCCGAGUGGCAAGCAGCCAAGAGGGAAGCCGGCGAAUGGACUGCAUCGUCAGCGGCAAAGGGGCUCCGGAUCGGCAUCCUCAAAGAAGCCUGGGAGAUCGCCGGCCUGAAUACCGACGUAGCCGCGAUCGUCAGGGCUGCAGCGGAGAGAUUUGGUAAGCUCGGAGCGGAAGUCCACGAGGUUUCGGUGCCACUACAUUUGCAAGGACCGUCGAUUUGGACGGUUGCAGGUCGCGAGGCUAUUCCACGAUUCUUCGAGAACAGGGCUUCUGACCUUCUUUCUCACCCCCUGCCAGGGCUGGAACCGAACCCGACAAACCAGAUGUUCUACGACAAGUUGGUCUACAAGAACCCGGCUGUCAUCAAUGUCGUGCUCAACGCCGAGCACAUGGAGACUAAAUUUGGACCUUCGCUUACUCGCAAGGCUCACAUGCUCGUUCAUCAGCUGCGUGCUGAGUAUGACAAGGUGUUCGAGAAGGUGGACAUUUUGAUCACACCGACUACGCCUACAGUUGCAGGAAAGCACUGCAACUAUACUAGUGUUAUGGAGAUUGCACAAAAAGCUGUGGGUGUAACGCUGAACACUUCGCCUUUCAACUGCUCUGGACACCCCGGAAUGUCGAUGCCAUGUGGUUGGUCGGAGACCGCGGAUGGAGAAGGUAAGCUGCCGGUCGGUAUGCAGCUCGUAGCCAAGAGGUGGCAUGAGAUGGACAUAUUGAAGGCUGCUUCUGCUUGGGAGGUGCUGGGCAAAGGAAUGGACUCGUGA